AUGCUGAUAGUUUGUCGUAGAGAUCUACUGGCGUCUUGCUCGAUCCACACAGUGCACGAGAAGGUCACGGGCUGCAAGAUCACGGAGCAAAUGUUUGCAGAUGGCCAUGGAUCUUGGGGACUUCAGGGGCGCUCAAACAUUGAGAUCAACGCGACGUUACGUCCUUUGCGGGACCAUGAAGUGCAGAAAGCCAUCACAAUCCGCAGACUGAAGGACUACUUUGAUUUUGGCGUGGUCGUGGCCUCGUACUCGGCCAAAGCGGCUCUUGCGCUGGGCUUUGAAGACCGCUCGGCCUGCAGUUGGAACUUCUCAAACAGUAGCAUUGAAAAUGGUAAAUUAGAAGGCGGAUUUUAUUUACUGGAAAGCGACCAGACCCUGCAGGUGAACCGGACGUUUUAUCCGGGAGAAAGUGGACUGCAGACGGCGCUGAUUGCGCCUUGUUGGAAGCAGAAGAGCGUGGCGUUUGGGUAUCCUGUGAGUGCUGAUGAAUUCGUUCUCUAUCCAAUGGUCGACCCGCUGCUGUACGUGGAUGCGGAGAUCAGUUUCCUGAAUCCGUACGGCUAUCUGCCGGGAUUGCUCUAUGGCCUGCUUCCGUUCAAUGGAUUUUUGUCGCUCAUGUAUGGGGCACUGGGCGUGUACUUUUUGGUGCUGGUCAAUCGCCACCGCCAGAGUGUGGUCAGGACGCACUAUUUCCUGCUCGCAGUACUGCUGUUGGCAACUGGCGAGUCAGUGGCAUGGUUUGUGACGUACAGUCUGCUGAAUCAUUCAGGUGUGCCAGUGUGCUGCCCAUAUCCGGACUCGGUCUUGUUCUCCACGUUUGUGAAAGUGCUGGCGGGCAUGGUCACGCGUAUUGCUACUACACUCGUUAGUCUGGGCUACGGGAUUGUCCGGAUGCAGAUCUCGUGGCCUGAGGUCUUUGUCGUUUCUGGGCUGGGUGUGUGCUACUUCAUCGCUGUCGGGGCGUUGGAGGUGAGUCAUCUAGCCAAUCAAUCGGACGGGGAUGUUCGACCUCCUGCGGUUUGGGAAGCUCUUGUAAUUAUAACCAACGCCUGCUUCGGCGGAUGGAUUUUUCUGUCCCUUGAGCUCACGCGCAAGAAUCUUGCAGCCUUUGGACAAACAGCAAAAUUGCAGAUGUACAAAUCGCUGAACCGGGUUUUGAUCGCAUACGUGGUCACGUCUUUUGUGAUCAUGGCAAUUGAAGGGGCAAUCUAUUCGGGGGCGAUUUGGUUGCCAUGGCAUUUUAUAUGGGUCGUCUGGGCGGCUACUCGCCUGCUUUUCUUCGUCAUAUUAUUAGUUGGGGUAUAUCUUUGGCGACCGACGAAGCACGGCUUGCUUUACGCUCAAAUGGACCAGCUUCCCGGCCGUGAGCCCGUUACACCAGCUUCGAUUGCGCGCGGUAUUGAACUGAACCAGCGUGUGGUCUCAGCAGCGGAUGACGAAAACAUCGGGUCGGUUAAAACGACGCCGUCAGUCAUGUCUUGCUAA